AUGACUUCGACGACUAUAAUUAAUCGUCCAUUGGAAUAUAGCCUCCGUCUAUUUGGCGCCUGGCCAGAUUCUUCCUAUUCAUUUCUGAAAAGUAUUAUUUGGUCGACGAUAAUGGCAACGUUUUUAAUGUUUCAAUAUUGGUAUUGUAUUACUCAUAUUAGAUCAGGUUUAAUUGAUUUAUUGGACGGAUUGAGUAUUACUUUAUCAAAUUCACUCGUCUUUCUCAAAUUGAUUAUUAUUUGGCUUCAUAGUCGAACAUUUUAUGGCAUUCUGACAACCGUAUUCGAGGACUGCAAUAAUUAUGCUUCUACCGUUGAAAAUAAACGAAUAAUGACAGAUAAAGCUAUGUUGUCUUCUCGUAUCUCAAAUUUUUUAAUUGGCUAUUUUUCGAUCACGUUCCUUGUAUAUUCAGGACUUGCUCUAGUAUUAUUUGAUGAAGAUCAGAAUGGACCGGUUUCCAAACAAAGGAAAUUUUUAAUUAGAAUGGAAUUUCCUUUCGAAGCUACAGUCUCUCCACGUUAUGAAAUUAUUCUAGUUGUACAAUUUAUAUUCGAAGCAUUUAUAGUUUAUGGAGCAGCUACAUCGAUAGCCCUAAUUGCAGUACUAAUAUUACAUGUUGGUGGUCAGAUCGAUUUAUUGUGUCAAAACAUGAGAGACAUUUCUCGUAAUCAUGAGAAGAAAGUACCGCAAAAACUGACAAUAAAGGAUGUCGUUGUUAGGCAUCAACGAAUUAUACGACUGUCUAAAAAUAUCGAGACAGUUUUUACUUAUAUAUCAUUAUGCCAAUUUUUAUCGAAUAUGCUGGUUAUCUGUUUCAUAAGCUUCGUUUUGGUAACCUCCUUGAACACGGAACAGACAACUGGAUUAAUACUGAAAUGUUUUCCCUAUUACGUUGCUGUUAAUUGUGAAGCAUUCAUUUUAUGUUAUACCGGAGAAUAUCUAACCUCUAAGAGUGAACGUAUUACACAAUCUGUGUACAAUUUUCUUUGGUACGAUCUAAAACCUCGAGAAGCUCGUAUUGUAUUAUUAAUAAUAUUACGAUCUCAGAAAGAGUUAAUACUCACUGCGGGCAAAUUUGUGAAUCUUUCCUUGGCUGCAUUUGCUAAUAUGCUAAAAGCUUCAGCCUCGUACGUAUCUGUUUUGCAUGCAAUGUGUUAA